AUGACGUUGGGACGCUCAAAAUGGCGAGAAGAAGGAGGAGAUUGGGAGGAGAAGAGGAGGAGGAGAGUCCAUCAGCUGGAGAAGGAGAAGCUGGAGCUGACCAGCAAACACAACCAGGAGGUGUGUGGGCUGCAGGCAGAGCUGACCCGUCUCAGGUGCUCUGUGGAGGGGGGGGAGGCUCAGAGAGAAGAGCUGCAGUACCAGAUCACUGUGAGCCAGAGGGAAUCAACCCGGGACAAACACACGCUCACAGAGCUCCAGGUGACGGUGGCAGAGUUGCAGAAAUCUCUCGACAUCACGCGGCGCUGCAGGGAAGAGGACCAGCAUGCAUUGCAGCAGGAAGUGGAGGAGCGAGACAAACUGAUCCACACCUUGAGCUCGGAGAACCAACGACUGCACCAACUGCUACAGGAUCAGGAGGAGGCGCUGGAGGAGGCGCAGAGAGAGAGAGAGAAAGAGGAGGAGGAGAGGAGACGAGAACACAGCAAACUGAAAUACCUGGAGGAGAAGGAGGAGAGGAGCAGGAGGGAGAAGGAGGUGUUGGAUCAGAGAGUAAAGACUCUGGAGGCGAACAUGGAGCGUCUUCUCGCCGGCUGCGUCCUGCUCCGUCAGCCCCAAAGCAUGCUGGGUAAUUUCACCUGGCAGGAGCUGUGUGAUGUCAUCAACGAGCAGGUGGGUCAAGUGACCUCCGACCUGCGGGAGGCCAACGACACGGUGAGCCGCUCUCAGCUCUCCUCCCUCCGUCACCACGCCUCCUCCAUGACCUCCGACCUCUCUCUCCUGCGGGGGGAGGCGUCCUGCUUCCUGUGGGCGUGCGUCCUGCUGGGGGGGGCGCUCACACACACACACCUCCGCCUGCAGCAGGUGUGUGUGCAGAAGAGGGUGGUGUGCAGACGGCUGCAGGAGAGGGAGGGGCUGGAGGGCGAGGUGAGGAGCCUGCUGGGAGCUCUGGGAAAGGAGGAGGAGGAGGAGGAAGGGAGGAAGAGGAAGAUGGCGGUGAGGAGGUGGAGGAAGAGUGUGUGUGUGGUGAUGGCGGUGAGGAGGUGGUGUUUGAUCAGUAAACACACAGCUGUGGUGUUCAGGCUGCAGAAGGGAGGAGGCUGCAGCGCUACGGAAACACAGGAGGGUCAAAUCACUCCCACCUCAGAUGCUGAUGGAGGUGUAUGUGCUCGCUGGCUGCGCUCCAAACGUCUCUCCUCCGUCAUCCUGUCCUCCAUGGCCGACCUGCAGGGGGCGCUGACACACUCUGGCUCCUCCCCUCCAGAUGUGACGCCAUUGGCUCGUUCCGCUUUGUCCCGCCUCCUGGAUCACCUUCUCGACCAAUCAGAGGCAAAGUCCGGUCUGUCUGGCUCCGGAUUGGACGAGGACUCGCUGAGCGGCCGUUUGAGGGGCGGGCUCAACAGAGUGACGCCUCCACAGCCCGACAGCAAGGCGCUGGUGUCGACCCUGCAGCAGCACUUCCUGGUUUUUAGCCAACGGCUGCACUCGGCUGAGGUGGAGAGGCGGGGCUUAAGGCUGGAGGUAGCCAAUCUGAAGACAGGACUGAGGCAGGAGAGAGAGGAGAGCUGCAAGACGGUCCCGGAGCAGCAGUUCCACAGUGUUUGUGUGGAGCUUCGUCAGGCGCUGAGCAGAGAGCAGGAAGUCCAGACGCUCCUACAGGAACAAACCGACGCUCAACACACACUCGGCCAAACCGCUCAGUCUCUGUGUGACGCUCGGCAGGAGGUGACCAGGAAGGACCGCUCGCUGAGGAUUCUGGGUAAACACCUGUCGGGGGUGCAGAGGGAGAGGAAACACCUGGAGGAAGAGCUUAGCGACACACACAGACAUAGAGAUUGUCUGAUCAGCAACAUGAAGGCUGCGGAGACAAGUUACAAGCAGGUCAGGGAGAGUCUCGUCCAAUCACGUGGCGGCCUGUUAGCUAAGCCCCGCCCCCUGCCGGCAGUUAAGGAGCACCUGAGUGGAGCAGGGUGCAUCAUGGGAGCUCCGGAGUUGGCAGCGUGUCAGACUCUCCUCUCUUCCGCCUCUCAGCUGUUUCUCGCCUGCUGCUCACGGAUUGGCUGGCUGGAACAGGAAGUCUCUGCCCACAUCAGUCACGUGACCGCGCUGCGUGGCGAGCUGCAGGAAGUCUGUCUCCGUGACAACCUGGCCUUCAUACCUGUGGAGGGUUUUCCCGAAGCGUUCCCAUUGGCUGACGUGGAGACCUGGCAAGCUGUUCCUCUCUCUGAUUGGUCGAAUGAGCUGCCAGUCAGUUUAAACCCCGCCCCUUUCUCUCCUCUCUCCAAAGAAGUGAAGAAGAAGAGAGGAGGAAGGAAACAGAUUUAAAAUGUUUUUUGACAGAAAAUGAAAACUAGAAGAAGAUAUUUAGGAAUAUUUCUAGAUUUAAAUGUUUUUAAAGAUGUUUAAAUAUUCUGACAAUCUUUAUGCUGCUUUUUUUAUUUAAGUGUUCAUCUCCAACAGCUGGUUGGUGACAAAUGACUGAAGGCCAUAUGGUCGCCUGUGCGUGUGCGUGUGUGUGUGUGUGUGUGUGUGUGUGUGUGUGUGUGUGUGUGUGUGUGUG